GGUACUUUACAAUUUGAUCACGGCCUACGGAUAGGUAGAGAUACCGCGGUUCCCCUCUGAUUCUUUACGCCUGAACCCCGCCGAACGAACUCUUCCGGGAGGAUAUUUAUAGCGAGACCGCCAUGAGGCAUCAUCAGUCUUUCGUCGUGGCGGCCCUGCUCGCAUCUGCGCAGGCUGCCGUGUUCGGCCGCUACAAACAGCGAGUCGGCAUCUUAAGGGAGAGAGAUACUGUCGAAAACAUCGUCCCGGUCGAAGAUGGCCAUGGAAGCAACGUACCUACGGUCACCGAAACCAUUCGCCAGACUAUCACAGUGGGUGCCGAUGUCGCUGCCGUCACCGUACAUGCACCGGCUGCCACUAUAACGCAUACCAUUACCAUGAUGCAGCCAUGUCCCGCUCCCGUGGCACCACCGGUUUUUGAUACGCCCGUCGGUGACGGAGGGGUUGGGGGCGUCAUCGCCGUCCCUCUCCCGAAACGACCUGUCUCUCCUCCUCCCGAGGCCGUUCAGCCCCCUCCACCGGGGGAGGCGCUUCCACCGCUGGAGGGCAUUCCCCCACCUGAAGCCAUCCCGCCUGUGGAGAGUAUUACCCCUCCUGAGGUCCUUCCGCCCUUGGAGAGUAUUGCUCCUCCUGAAGCCAGUCCGCCAGUGGAGGAUAUCCCUCCCCCUGAAGCCAUCCCCACCGAGGUCAUACCACCUCCCGAGGACGCACUCCCACCUCUUGAGAGUAUUUCGCCUCCUGGCGCCAUUCCCACCGAAAACCCUCCCCUAGUCGAGGGACUCCCUCCUCCCGAGAUCGCCCCACCUUCCCCUUCCGAGGAGGUGCUACCGCCCCUGGAGAGCCUUCCUCCACCCGAGACUGUACCCGAAGAGCCUGAACAGCAGCCCGAGCAGCCCGAGCAGCCCGAGGAUCCCGAGAAGGCAGUGCCAAGCCAAACCGAAAGCCCCGUCGAAUCGGCUCCAACGCAAAGCGCCUCCAUACCGCCUCCGGCCUCCGCGGUGACCCCUCCUCCCGCCGCCGAGGUGACACUUCCUCCUGCCGCCGAUAUUACGCCGCCUGUAGUCGUUGCACCGGCCCAGCCCGCAAUCGACAUCGACCUCGACGGCAUUACAUUGGAGACCCGACUUUCUCUUGGCAACCUGUUACAGCAGACUGCGAACUUGCAGGCACGCGAGACCCCGGCUCCUUGACCGUUCCAGGUUGGCAAGAAAGGUCGCUGUUCCGUGAGACUUAGAGGGAGGUUGAAAAGGGAAAGACGUUCUAUCCCCCCUGCGUAAGAGAGGACAAGCUGUAUGGUAGGAAUUGACAGUCUCCUCUGAGGGCUAGGGCU